AUGGAUAAGGUGGAACAGUUGAAGAAGAAAGGUAACGAUGCUCUAGUUAAUCAGAACUUCGAUGAAGCUAUCAAAUGUUACACGGAAGCCAUAGCUUUGGACCCCACGAAUCACGUUUUGUAUAGCAACCGCUCAGCAGCUCAUGCCAAAGCUGAGAAUUACGAGGCUGCUCUCGAAGACGCCGAGAAAACCGUAUCAUUAAACCCAAACUGGAGUAAAGGAUAUUCACGUAAAGGGAGCGUUUUAGCAUAUUUGUCGAGGUACGAGGAGGCCAUAGAGGCUUACAGAACCGGUUUAAGACUAGAACCUACUAACCAACAGCUAGCUCAGGGUCUGAGGGAUGUAGAACGAGCCAUGAAAGAAAGUAAUUUAGAAGCAGAGCGGUUAAUUAGACUCUAUAAAAAUCCCAGGACAAGAGAAUGGAUGAAAGACCCUGAAUAUGUAACAAAGAUUGCUAAGCCUUUAGUCAAAAAUACUUAUGAUAUUAGAAAUUUGAACAUGGAAGAUGAGAGAGUGGCAGCAACUAUUACUGCACUAUGGCAGGCAGAUCUUGAUGCAGAAACUGCCAUGGAUGUGGAUCCACCAGCACCAGAAAAGACACCAAGCACAGCACCAAAGCAGAAAGAGGAACCGCCCAAGGACAAAUAUGAAGGAUUACCAGAAAAUCGAAAACAAGCACUGAUCCAGAAAGAUUUGGGCAAUGAUUGUUACAAGAAAAAAGAAUUUGAUAAUGCAAUAACACAUUAUGAGAAAGCGAUAGAAUUUGAUCCUACCGAUAUAACAUUCUAUACGAAUAUGGCUGCAGUUUUCUUUGAACAGAAAGAGUAUGAGAAAUGCAUUAAGGAAUGCGAGAAGGCUAUUGAAAUUGGUAGAGAAAACAGAGCAGAUUUCAAAUUAAUAGCUAAGGCUUUUACUAGGAUUGGUAAUGCUUACAAAAAAAUGGAACAAUGGAAACUAGCCAAAACAUACUUUGAAAAGUCAAUGUCUGAACAUCGUACCCCUGAGAUCAAGACACUAUUAAGUGAAGUGGAACGCCGUAUUGUUGAAGAGGAAAGGAAAGCAUAUAUUGAUCCUGUUAAAGCUGAACAAGAAAAGGAAUUAGGCAAUGAGUACUUUAAGAAAGGUGACUACAGUACAGCAGUGAAACAUUACACAGAAGCUAUAAAACGGAACCCUGAUGACUCCAAACUGUACUCAAAUAGGGCUGCAUGUUACACCAAGUUGGCUGCUUUCGACUUGGGACUGAAAGACUGCGAACAAUGCUGCAAACUAGACCCUAAAUUCAUCAAGGGAUGGAUUAGGAAAGGAAAAAUUUUGCAGGGUAUGCAACAACCAUCUAAGGCCCUGACAGCCUAUCAAAAAGCCCUGGAACUGGACCCCAGCAAUGCAGAAGCUUUAGAAGGGUACCGCUCAUGCUCCACACAACUCAACUCUAACCCAGAAGAGGUCCGCAAACGUGCCAUGUCUGAUCCGGAAGUGCAGCAGAUAUUGCGCGAUCCCGCCAUGCGAUGUAUACUUGAACAGAUGCAGCAGGACCCUCACGCAUUGCAAGAUCAUCUCAAGAAUCCUGAAAUUGCAGCUAAGACAGAAACUCUUGAAUCAGGCCUCAUCGCCCUACAUUAG